AUGCAUUCCUACAUUCGUCCUUACCAGCAUGUCGCUCUGCGACUUCCGUCUGAGCUUACAAAAAUUGUCAGACUCGUGCCGAAUACAGUAGUAUUCUUGGGGAAGUACGGGAGCUUCCCCGCCAACACGAUUAUAGGUCGUCCUUUCUACCUAACCUUUGAGAUUAUUGACGUUUCGGGCGAGAACAAUGACAAUUGCCUUCGAAUUGUCUCCCCAGCUGAGCUGCACGCAGAGACUCUCAUCGCUGAUGGAGAAGGCGACGGCGACGACGUGGAGGUGAACGAGGAAGGCAUUCCGAUACGGACCAAUCGCGAGAUCGUCGACGAUGCAUCGACCCAGAAGAUGACCGCAGAAGAAAUUGAAGCUCUGAAGAAAGUUUCUACAGGCGCAGGGAGAGAGAUCAUUGAGAAGCUGUUGGAGUCGCAUUCCGCAUUGGACCAGAAGACGGCAUUUUCCCUCGCAAAAUACACGUUACGGAAACGGAAGAAGUUCCUCAAGCGAUUCACAGUCCUGCCCGUGGACGUUAGUCUUCUGACUAACUAUAUGUUGGAGGGCAAAGAGGCGAUGAAAACAAUGGAGCUCCGUGAUGAGUCCAUAGGUCUGCUUGGGUGCUGGGGUAAUGUGCACCACGGAGGAAAUUCGUCGUUCGAAGGGGCUAUUGCGUCAAAACCUAACGGCCGUUACCUGGUGGUUGACGAAACAGGUGGCUUGGUAGUUGCCGCCAUGGCCGAAAGAAUGGGCAUACUGUACCCUCAUGAUCAGGAGGACGAGGAGCAAGAAUCCGCCGAAGGGUCUGAAGAAAAUGGCGAGCGACAACAGACGAACGCCAUGGCCCAAGCCAUUGCCCGCCGCCGUCAUAUGUCUGCAUCAGGCAAUUCAAUCACAGUCAUCCAUGCGAACAAGCAGCCUAGCUUGUCAUUACUGAGAUACUUUGGCUACGACCAAGAUAAUCCCGACGAGUCGCAUCCUCUUUACAAGCAUAUGAAGACCGUUUCGUGGAUGCAACUUUUGGACCCUCACGCGGACACUAUCUAUGCCAAUGAACCAGAGGUAGUUCCUGACGAGACUCUUGCCACCUACAAGUCCAACAGACGCAGCGCAUACUACAAAAAGCGGAGUCGCUGGGAGCGGGUACGACGGGUUGUCGACGAGGCUCGAGCCGGUAACUUUGACGGCCUCAUUGUCGCAACGCUAAUGGAACCGGCAAGUGUACUCGAACACACCGUCCCAUUACUGGCGGGUUCCGCUCCGGUGGUAGUCUAUUCUCCAACCAUUGAGCCUCUGACCGAGCUGGCCGAUCUAUAUUCGACUCCCAGGAGGACGGCUUACAUCACUCGAAAACGAGAGAUUAUUGCACAGCACAGCCUACAACAGUCUCUGCAAGGGCAGAGUGAGGAUGGUGAGAAGAAACCUCAGGAACCGGACUUCUCGGAAUUAGAUAAGGAUUUCGCACUCGACCCGUCCCUCUUGCUGGCGCCCACAAUCGAGACCUCCCGAGUACGCGCAUGGCAAGUACUUCCUGGGCGCACACACCCGCUGAUGUCGGGGCGUGGUGGCGCUGAAGGUUAUAUUUUCCAUGCUAUUCGCGUAUUCCCAUCCCAUCAGAACAUCCAGGCUGCGGGUAAUCCAAGCCGGAAGAGGAGGAAGGUGGCAGCCCAACAAGAAUCCGCAACACCAGCGGAGAGUGGAAGUGGUGUGGACGUUGAAAUGCAGUCAUGA